UUUUACUAGCACGAAUAUUGCUACAAAUCAAGAGGGCAAAGUAUGGGACUCACACCAGCUCGAAUUAACUUGAGCGCUGCGUCUGCUGCCGCUGCUGCUAAACCCGGUGCUAGGAAUUCCACGUGCAGCUGCCGGGAUAAUGGAAAACACGAUUUAUAGGCAGAGCCCAAGUGUAACAUUGCUUGAUUUUGCAGGUCCACAGCCACACUCCCAGCAAAAUAUGACAAGCCUUUCCAGAUUUAGUGGCUGCCCUCUUUCUUACGUCUACCCUGGGGAGAGCAAUACUGAACCCAGCGUGGUGCUGCCACCUUUGGCCGGGGAACACAUGGGACACCCCACUGGCAGUUCCUUAAAACUCUGCCCCUCGCACAGUUUACGAGACUAUCCCGAGGCGCGGUCCACUACUUAUGUUGGUUACUCUGUCCCUCAAACUACAGAUUUUGGAUACACCAGCAGCCAACGCUUAGUACACCAUAGCGCUAGGAAUCUUACCAGUGGAGGAGAUCUGUCUGGAUCAAACAUGCCACCAGUUACUGAUCAACUGGCGACCAGAGCUUCCCAACAUGGUAUUAUGGGAAGGUACCGUGACCGUUCCGACUUUAGAGAAGGCAGAAACGCCGCUUUCUUCACCGCCUUCCACGAGCAGGCCCACAGCUCAACUGGCGAUUCUCGGGACCUCAAUGGCCAGGUGAUGCUGGGUUUGCCAGGGGAGUUAAUUCCCAGGUCCAACUCUUACAACCAGUCAGUUGGCAGCCCCAGGGGCAGCAGGCAAUUUGUCACUCAGUUUCUGAGCAGUUACAAGCCGAUGAACAUGACUAUACAGAGGGGAGCUGCCGCAGCGUUUUUCAGGUGCUCCAUGCAGAACAUCAAACAGGAGCUGACUUGCAAGUGGACUGACAGCAAGGAGACGUCUGGCGGGAAGCGACCCUGCUCGAGGACAUUCGGCACCAUGUACGAGCUGGUCACCCACGUCGCGAUGGAACACGUCGGGGGACCAGAGCAGGCUGACCACGUCUGCUACUGGGAGAGCUGUGCCAGGGAGAGGAAGCCCUUCAAAGCGAAAUACAAACUGGUGAACCACGUCAGAGUACACACAGGGGAAAAGCCCUUCCCGUGUCCCUUUCACGGCUGUGAAAAAGUUUUUGCCAGGUCAGAAAAUCUCAAGAUUCAUAAGAGAACUCAUACAGGUGAAAAACCAUUUAAAUGUGAAUCCGAGGGCUGCAGUCGGAGGUUUGCUAACAGCAGUGACCGGAAGAAGCACUCUCACGUCCACUCCAGUGAUAAGCCCUAUAUGUGUAAAGUCAAGGGGUGUGAAAAGUGUUACACACACCCCAGCUCUCUUCGCAAGCACAUGAAACUUCACUGCAAGGUUGACACGAAUAAAACAAGUGUGGAAAAGGAGCAGUGCGAAGCGCGCAGAUCCCCUUCAUCAUCGGACCGAGAACGCGAAUCCUCGUCAAACGCGCGGUGCGCAACGGCCUGUAGCGCGCCAACACGAGACUCCCCCUCCCCACACAUUCCAAGCGGCUCUUCUGCGGGGCCUCGUUUCCAUUACGAGCUCGGUAACGGUUUGGACUUUUCAUCGACCUCGGAGCCAGUGUUCUUGCAAAAACGACAUUUUAGGACUGAGCCGUCAUUGUCUAUUAACACGCCCUGCACAACAUUGGUCCAAAACCCGCAGGCUAGGAACUUCCAGUCUCAAGGCGCGUCCUCGUUUGACAAGAGUAUAACCCACGGCUGGUAUACCUGUCACAGUGCAGUGGAGACCUGUGCCUCAAAACAUUUCAACAGCGGCAUCUCUUCUGCAGAAUAAAAC